CAAAACAUUGCGUUCAAGUUCAGUGUCGUGUAGGCCGCCAAGGAGUUGAGACAGUCAAGAGAAAUUUUUGAUGAAAAGACUUCUUGUCUCUAAUAGAUUAUUCUGUCAUGAAUAACUUUACGGAGCAUAGUUUUACCAGUUUCUUUUACAAUCAUAAAGAAGGUGUGGGUGGCGAUCAAUUCAUUCUACCGAUGUGGAGACAAAUCUUUUGGAGCAUGCUUUAUGGAGGACUGGUGAUUGUAGCAACAGGUGGAAAUUUAAUCGUUAUUUGGAUCAUAUUUUCGCAAAAGUGGAUGCUGACGGUUACAGAUUAUUUUUUGUUGAACCUUUCGGUGGCUGAUACCAUCCUUUCGACACUCAAUGUUACGUUUAACUUUGUCUACAUAUUAAAUUCGAAUUGGCUUUUUGGUGAACUAUACUGCAAAAUAUCGCAGUUUAUGGCUACUGUGGCCCUUUGUGCAUCGGUGCUUUCCCUCAUGUGCAUCUCAUUCGACAGAUACAUGGUUAUAAUAACUCCAUUAAAGAAAAGAAUUAGCCGUGGUUUGACAGUAUUAUUAGCAAUGACUACAUGGUUUUUGGGGAUAAUUAUGGGUAGUCCGUUUCUGAUGUUCUUCAACACCUACAAGGUGCACAAUAAAGAAGGGGAAGAAACUGUUAUUUGUUACUCUAUAUGGCCGGAUGGCAAGACUAACGAUUCGAUAAUUGAACAUCUUUACAACGUGGGAUUCUUUUUUUUGGCCUACGUCGUGCCUGUAGGAUCAAUGACUUACACUUAUGGCAAAAUCGGGAUAAAGCUCUGGGGAUCACAGACAAUCGGGGAAUGCACAGAGCGCCAAAUGCAGAUUAUCAGGAGCAAAAAGCAGGCCGUAAAAAUGAUGAUGGUUAUCGUGAUUGUGUUCGCUGUGUGUUGGCUUCCAUAUCAUCUGUACUUUAUUGUGACAGCAUAUUUUCCGCAAAUAACCAACUUUGCAUAUAUUCGGGAAACGUAUUUAAUCAUUUACUGGUUAGCAAUGAGCAACUCCAUGUUCAACCCAAUGAUUUAUUGCUGGAUGUACACCAGAUUUCGGCGAGGAUUCAAACAGUUUUUUUCAAGUCUGCGAAUUCGUGUAAGUCGAUCAGCGAAGUAUCGGCACACGAUGAGAAGACGUAGUUCUGUGUGAAUGCAUAUGCAACAUUUGUAUCAAAUUAUUCCAAAAUGCAGUUUCUGAAGGAAUUUAUGUGUUAUACCACUAUUUGGUGUUACCCAAGAAACUGGAUUUUCCUAUUCACGGGGCUGUGUACACUACGGCAAAUGUGUAAACUUGGUUAGUUUGUAAACUAGCUGGUUAGUUUUUAAACUACCCAAACAGGUGUCUAAGAAUCUUGGCUAAUUAAAAGAUAAGAUAAAGUAGCUGUAUAGUUUAUAAAUUUUCCAAGACAUUCUCUAGCUUAUUAGGUAGAGAUUUUUUAUUUCAAAUUCAGACUUUCCAGUAACACAAGUAAAUUAGCUUUUAUUUAGUAAUAAUAGUAAUAUUAGUUGAAACUGUUAAAAUAGCCAACUUCUUGGCAAGGUAACAAAUUAACCAGCUAGUUUAUAGACUAACCAAGUUAACACAUUAGCCGUGACAUGUCAAAUACAUUGUGUCUAAAUUUUAAUAGGUGGCUUGCCAAAACUUUACUUGUUGUAGUUUUAUUAUUGUUUUUAAUUACGGAAUUUCCACAAGGAAUUUUUGCGUUGACUAAUAGAGCUGUUAGUUUUUUUUUGUACUCAGACAAUUGUAUUCGGAAGUAAAGUUACCGUUGGGGGCGCCACUGAGCUAGGUCGAAAACAGUAACCAUAAAUGGCGGGAAAACGUUUAUUCGGAUAUUUUGAGCGUUGUACGAAUUUUGAGGCUUCAAAAUUAUUACAUUGCCUAUGCGGAAUAACUAUUGUAUCUUUGGUGGAAGAAACGAAUGUUGACAAAUUCUUAGAGAUGACGAGGAAAACACGAAUAACGUUUGACUGUUUGGUUCACUUUCUUUAUUGGAAAAUUAUUACAAAGAUAUUGAAAAGCCUACCUUUUGGCAUAAUUUACGUUUAAGUGUAUUAGCAGUUGUUAAUCUUAAUUGUAGUUUUGUUGAUUUAUCGAAGUAUUUCAUGAUCUUAUCAGUGGAAAAAUUCUAACCUAAAAUUCACAAACUUCACUAAUUUAUUGGUUUCUUGAGCCCAACUUUAUGUUCGCUGUGAUCCAUUACUUAUAGUCUUUAAUUAGACAACUGUUUGAUAACACUUUGUAAUGAAAAUUCAAAUCUUUUUCACUUCCAAUCCACUUUCAAAUUCCAACAAUAAACACUUUAUACCACGAAAAACCGCAGAACCAAAGUGAACGCUAGUAUUUACCACCACGUAUUUUUAAAGUGAUUCUCUCUAAUGUAAGCAAUUAACACUAUACACGCAAAAUUGUUAAACAAUUCAUUAAAUGUCAAUUGAAUGUGGAAUUACCAAAAUUUCCUUACUGUUUUCGACAUAGUUCAAAAGUCAUCACCAGAGGGCGUCUAGUUAAUUUUAUUUCCGAAUAGGCGUAAUAUGCCUGCAAGAGAUGAAUAAGUAGCUAUAUAUUUAUACUAAGCCAGUAAAGUGGAAUUUUAUUAAAAGAGUUUGGAAAUUGAGAGCCGAGGCGAAGCCGAGGCGAGCAACCAAACGAUUCGAUAAAGACACUUUACUGCCGUGGUGCAUACAAUUUUUUUUUGGCGACUACUUUUACAACAUUCAUUUAAGUGAACGCAGUUAGGUUGUGUUACGACUGUUAUAAGUUUAUGACUUAUUCUUGUGAUUUAGUUUUGGGAAAUUGAAAUCUGCAGGAGUGCGUUCAUAAAUGAAAAUCCCGGUUGUGUGUUGCGACGUCACAGUGAUGCCAUAGUAAAGUAAGAAGGUAAGUAAGUCGUUCAUUUAUGAACGAUCUUAAAAAUUACACACUGAACACUCUAAGCACUUAAAACGAUUUUUGAGCAAUUUUUUAUCGAAAUGUUAUUUAUGAACGCACUCCAGAAAUCUCUAAUUUAUUUUAUUGUUGAAUAAGCUCCUAAAAAAGUAACUAUUUUACUGACUCAGUUAGGUAAAGUACAGACUGAUCCAGAAAUACUGCGUUUGUUGGCAACACUGGAUUUAAAUUUUAAAGGAUACCAAUGGAGUACGGUUCCAGUUAACAACAAUUUAACAUUCUUGAGGGGUUGUACGUCAAAUAAUUACCACGAAAAAUCGAAUUCGGUUCCAGUGUUGCAAAUUACGAGCAAAUUACCAACUGUCUCAGUAUUUCUGGAUUGCCUGAGUCAGUCGUAAAAAGUGAUACUUUCUCUAGUCAAAUGGGUACAAUAAUGUUGUACCGAGUGUUGUACUUUCUACUAUAGGAGCUGAAAAAAUCUAUUUUUGUACCUAUUUUUCCAAAAGAUGUAAUGUUUAUUGCUGUUGAAUAAAGAAAGUGUUGAUUGUCUA